AAAGGAUGCUUCUUAGUGUCUCUCUUCUUUUGCAAGGAUUGCACUACCACGAAAGAUACAAGCGCUAUGAGGGCGAGUGCAAGUACUAGUGUUGGGGUCAUCGCUGGAACCGAAUAAGUGACUGAAGCGCCCCCGUAUAUGUGUGUCUGGAUUUUGUACGGCCGGUGACCCCAUCAAUGCUGUGGGGCUGUGCCGUCCCCAAAAACUUUGGACAAGUGUCGAUUCUUGAGGGCCCCGAACCCCUUGAACAGUGUCGUCGAAGUAUAGCUUGGCUUCAGUUCGUGGAGAUCGAUUGUGUCGGACCUGUACAUCGUACGGCUAGACUGUAGUCACUGUACGGCCGUUAACGGUAUUACCUUUACGGUCGGAAAGUGUGCCGGUGUAACCUGCCCUGAACUGCCAUGACUCUGCAGACUGCAGGGACAGCAGCGACCUUGUUUGGCCAAGACUUUUUAAUUUUGGGCGUUGCAAAUACGCUCUAUUACACUAGGCUGGUACCUUGUUUUCGUUAUGGCUUGGCAGCCGAACGGUCGUACCAUUCGCACACACUCCACCUAUACCAAGUCUUCUUUAGCCCCAUCUGCCACCUCCUUGUAAUUUUUCUUUGUUACCUAUUCUUUGUUAACUAAAUUUCAUCCUGUGUUAAUGAUACCACACUCGUAUACCGUCUCAGCCUGUCAGAGAGUCAUUAACACGAUCAGUGAGCAGGUUUCCCGCCCUCCCAAGCGGCUCCACCUGUUUGCGUCCCACCUCGAGCCAACGCUCGGUCCAGC